AACCUGCUGAAAAUGUUUCUCCAUCAGACAAGAUGGUCGAGACGCUGACGACCCCGCUGAUCCGGUCCCACGCGUACAUGGAACUGGCACUCCCCUCCGGCGACCCCUCCUCGCUCACCUGGACGAUCCUCGAGGAGAUGCGGACGGCGCUAGAGCCCUCCGCGGUGGGGGUUCUCGCACUAGAGUCCUCCUCGGUGGGGGUUCUCCCACUGGAGCCCUCCGCGGUGGAGGUUCUCGCGGUGGAGUGGACGGAUUCCGGAGCAGCAGUCUCCCUGAAGCUCGUCUAUCACCUGCGGGCGGGCGUGGACGACCCUCUCGAGAAGAUGACGACCCUCGCUGGGGCCAAAAUACUCAGCAGAGUCAUCGUCACCGGAAAGGAUAAAUGGAGAGCAAAAACUAAGCUGGAAGCAAUUCUCAACACGGACUUGAAGGCUGAGGUGGGAAAAAUCGCCGGUUCCAACGAUGAGCUCCUGGCUCUUGCGAACAAGCUCGGCCAGAUCCAGGAUAUGAAAACGGCCAAAACGGAUUUGAUGCAGACGGCGUUGAGAUCCUGGCGAGUGGCAAUGGGAAAGGAUCCGUCAAUGGAAGACUCGGUCGUGGACGCGAGCAGUCUCAUCGCGUCCGUGCAGAACUCCCUCCCAGCCACGGAAGACAAGGACCAAGUCGGGACUUUGCUCUCCGCCCUCUCUGCCCUCUUCCACGACGAAACCAUGACCUUCUCAGAGAUGAUGCUGUCCAUCAGUUCCCCGCUGAAAACGGACACGAUGAUUUUGGAGCUGAACGAAACCUUCAAAACCGGAGUCCACGACACGACCACCCACCCAGACGCCAUCGCCCUCGCCAAUAAGAUCCAAUCCGCGCUCUGGAACAACUACCAGCUGGCAGGGGGACUGGACGUGGAAGUGGAUGUCUCCCUCCCCUUCAAACCCGGCAGCAUCCAAGCGAGUGCCAGCAUCACCUUCAGCACCGCCACCGUGGACGCGGCCCAGGUCUCCGGAGAUGCUGCCGGCAUCGCCGAGAGCAACGGGAUCGACGGCACUUCCGUGACAAUCAGGAUGAAGUUGCGAAUCCGGGGAUUCCGUAUCACGAAUAUCGCAUGGAAUGACGCUUAUGCAACAGUAGGAUCGAAGGAAUUCAACACCCUCUGCUCCAAGAUCGAGAACGGCGCGGUGACGGCCCUGGUGGGCAGCAGCGAGCGGGCCUUCUACCGGAGGACAGUCUGCCUGGCCAACCGACGGGGCAGCGUCGUCUCGGACUUCGACAUGGAGUUCAGCCCUGGCGUGAACCUGGGGAAGGUCCAGGACGACAUCGACGCCAACUCGCUCAUGCCAGACGGGACUUACCUCGUCGGGGAACUGCGAACCGACCACCUUCCUUCCGGAAGGACAAUGAUCACGACCACCACAACGAAACCGGCUGAGGUCGCCCAAGCGUUAUCGGACAGAGAAUCUCGUCUCAUGUUGCAGAUCACAUUGCCCUCUAUCAUCGGGUGGAAGGACGCAGCCCUGGGACAUGUGAACAUCCGCGGGGCUUCUGACAUGUUCGAGUGGAAGUGCCGAGGCCUUCUUCUGGCCGUCAUCGCCUCGCAUGCAUGUGAGAUCUUCAGAUCUGCUCCUCCAACUAGCUGUGAAAAGCGCCUAUUCCGUAGAACCAGAGCGCUGAUUUUCCGCGAAAUUUUCCCGUACAUUCGCCUGAACUCACACUCAGAGAAAUCGAGAGAGAAUGCGCUUAAGUUCUUGGGGAGGGCGUAUGAAGUCUACUUGGAGACGAAGGGAAGCAAUGCCUCGGGGACUCAACCGGUUCUGAAAACUCCGGAGGAUGUCAUCCGUCUUCUAAACUCCUCUGUCGUCUUCAGGCCUCCAGGGGUGACGUACAGCCAACUGGUGAAUUGUUUCACGGCAGAACUCAUGGUCUGCGACAUUUUCGUCGUGAACAAUGCCACUUCGUGCUUUGACUCGGUCGUGAAGGAGAUGCAGAAGCCGGCUUCGCUGCUGGCUCACAUGUACGUGGAACUGAAUGUUCCCCUCGAGAAUUCGGACCCGGAAUCGGAGCAGUACCAAACGCUGGCAUCGGAGAUCGUCAACGACAUCUUGGCGGCCCUGCCGCCAGGCAGCUACUUCCAUCGCAGCCCAGAGGUCCUGGGACUGGCGCGGGUCGGCCCCAACACGGCCGCCUCGCUGAAGCUCGUCUACAAGCUGCCGCAGGGCGUGGACGACCCGAUUCCGAAGCUGACCACCCUCGCCGGGGCAAAGAUUGUGAACAGGGUCAUCAUCACCGAGAUGAUGCUGUCCAUAAAUCCCCCGCUGCGCAGGGACACCAUGGUGAUACAGCUAAACACUCUCUUCAAGCCCGGAGUCCACAACGACACCCACCAUCCAGAAGCCAUCGCCUUGGCCCAGGAGAUCAAAGACUCGCUGUGGAACAACUACCAGCUGGCCGGGGGUCUGGAGGUUGAUGUGACGGUCCUCCUGCCAUUUAAGCCUGGGCCCGGGAGCAUCAGAGUGAACGCCUUUAUCACCUUCAGCACGGACACCGUGGACGCGACUCAGGUCUCUGCAGAUGCCGCUGACAUCACCAAAAGCAACGGAAUCAACGGCACUUCCGUCAACAUCACGAGUAAGUCAUAUCCAUCAACCGUAUAUGAAGCGAUGCGAAAACCGAGGCUUACUCAUUUUUCUCAGCCGCUCUGCGGGAUUAACAAAGCUCAGACUCAGCCUUACCUCCUCUGCUCGAUAGAAUCAAAGACUGAUGAACCCUGCAGUAGAUCAAGGGCCAAUCAAGAGUUUCGAACCAUCUCGAAGAGCUCUGCGAACAGACUGCCUCUGAAGCUCAAAUGCAUUUUGCACGACAGGGAUGCCCAAAUUCUGACGGCGCUGAAAGGAAGCAGCGAGCGGGCCUUCUACCAGAGGACCGUCUGCCUGGCCAACCGACCAGGCUUCGUCAUCUCAGACUUUAACCUGGAAUUCGCCCUCGGCGUGAACCUGUGGAAGGUCCAGCAAGACAUCGAUAUGAACACUCUCCAGCGGGACUGGACCCACGUCGUUGGGGGUCUUCGAACCCUCUUCAUUCCUUUCGCCGCAACACGUAUUCUGCAUCCAGGAAAUUUGGACGAACGGUAUGGAUGGAGCGAGGACAACAUAACUUACAGAGGAUAUUACGGCGCAUACGAGUUCCUGAAGAAGCACGUGAGCGAUCACCCGCAGGAGACGGAGGCGAAGCAGGCUUUCGACAAGCUGAACGCCCUCACGCCCAACCAGGCGAGUCCAGCUCGCUCUCCACCGCUGCAAACUUCAGACGGCGACGUUGACCCCGUGGGCAUAACGAACGAGCAACUGGCGGACGUGCUGAACGGCAUCGCCAUGGCCGACGAACUUCGACAUCUGACAAAGGACGGGUGGCUAAAUGAUACGAUGACGACGCUGACGAUGCCACUGAUCAAGUGCCACGUGUACUUGGAAUUGGACCUACCCUUCGAUUACGCGGAUCCCAGGGCCAGGAAAUACCGGAAAUUGGUCUGGAUGAUCAACAGAGAGAUGUGGAGCGUCCUAUCCCGACACAGAACGAUCUUGCACGAAAGGGCACAGGUCCUGGGACUGGGGCAGACCGGGGACGCGUCCACCACGGCCGUCUCCCUGAGGCUCGCCUACGAGAUGCCGCCGGGCGCGGACGACCGCGUGGCGAAUAUGAUCACCCUCGCCGGGGCGAGGAUCCUCAGCAAAACCAUCGUUACCGGGAAGGACAUAAAAAGGGCAAAAUCGGAGCUGGAAGAAGUCCUCGGCAUGGAUUUGAAGGAAGAAGUGAAAAAAUUGGCCAGUUCUGAUCCUGAUCUCAAGAUCAUCUUAGACAGACUCGGCAAAAUCCCGAACCUGAAAGCGGCUACGACGCAUUUGGUGGAGACGGCAUUGCCGUCGUGGCGAGUGGCAAUGGGAAAGGAUCCGUCAAUGGAAGACUCGGUCGUGGACACGGCGAGUCUCAUCGCGUCCGUGCAGAACUCCCUCCCGGCCACGGAAGACAAGGACCAAGUCGGGACUUUGCUCUCCGCCCUCUCUGCCCUCUUCCAAGACGACACCUUGACCUUCUCAGAGGUAAUGCUGUCCAUCAGUCCCCCGCUCUACACGGACACGAUAGCGGUAGUGCUGAACGAUACUUUCAAGCCCGGAGUCCACGACACGACCACCCACCGAGACGCCAUCGCCCUCGCCAACAAGAUCCGAGACGCGCUGAGCAACAACUUCAAGCUGGCUGCAGGGCUGGACGUGGUCGUGAAUGUCUCCCUUCCCUUCAAACCCGGAAGCAUCGUUGCGAAUGCCAAUGUCACCUUCAUCACGGACACUACGGAGGCGGCACAGGUCUGGGAAGAUGCUGCUCUUAUCACCGAAGCCAAUGGAAUUAACGGGACUUCCGUUACCAUCAUGACGGGACAAGCGGAACUGCUGGUGAAACAUCUGGAUCUACGAGUGGGACAGGCAGAACUUCUGGUGGAACAUCUGGAACUGCUGGCGGGACAAGCGGAACUGCUGGUGGAACAUCUGGGUCUACUAGCGGGACAAGCGGCACUGCAGGCAACACAUCUGGGUCUACUAGCGGGACAAGCGGCACUGCAGGCAACACAUCUGGGUCUGCAAGCGGGACGUCUGGAACUGCUGGCGGGACAUCUGGCUCUACCAGUGGGACAAGCGCGGAACAAGCGGCACUGCAGGCAACACAUCUGGUUCUACAAGCGGGACGUCUGGAACUGCGGGCGGGACAUCUGGGUCUACCAGCGGGACAAGCGCCUCAACCUCUACCUCAACCCCAACCUCACCGAGACGCUGCAGAUACGGGGACUCCGCAUCCUCAACGUCCGGUGGAAUAACGGCAUGGCCACGGCCGGAUCAGCUGAUUUCAGCAGCCUCUGCUCCAAGAUCGAGGCUGGGAUUUUAGCGGCCCUGGUGGGUACCAGCGAAAAGGCCUUAUACCGGAAAACAGUCUGCCUGGCCAACCAACGGGGAGGCACCGGUAUUCCCGUUGUCUCAGACUUCAACUUGGAAUUUGCCAAGGGCACGAACCUGACCAAGGUCAUGGACGACCUCGACGCCAACACGCUGGCACCGGACGGGGCGUAUCUCAUGGGGGAACUGAGGUCUGACCACUCGCCAUCAGGGAGGACCCAGGCAGCAGCAGCAGCAGCCUCGACCCCCCCUCCCGACAUCAUCAGGAUCGAUUCAGGCAGGGAAGCCCGCCUCUUCAUGCUAAUCACCGUGCCUACACUCGGCGAAGGAUACAGGGAGCUUCGAAACGACUCCCCCAUGCGACUCAGCUACCAAGAAGACAGCGAGGAGAACCAACACGAGCCAGCCGCCGGCAAACAACCAGAAGACCCAGGAGGCACUCGAGGACUGGGCACUCCGUGCUCUCGCAGGGCAACGGCGGUCCAUGCACCUGGUGGCUGGCCCUCGAACUAA